CAAUAGCUCGUCAUGCUUUUACUCCAAAGGUCAUACUAAUUUUAUCACAACUCCCUUCUCGUCAAAUUACUUUGUUGUAAUCCUUAGAUCGUCAUCACAAACUUACAACACAAACCUUCGUUCCUUUCAUCAGUCACAAAAUCACAUUACCAUUCCCCCUAAUUCCUUUCACCUUACACAUAAUCCUGAUAUCACAAACCCUAAUUCAUCGUAUUUGUUCACAAAAUCUUGUUAUCGCAAAUCCUAAUUCCCUUUAUCUUUCACACAAUAUCAAUAUCACAAACUCUAAUUUCAUUCCCUAUUCACAAAAUCUGGAUAUCACAAACCCUAAUUGCCUUCCCCAUUCACAAAAAUCCCAAUACAGCAAACCCUAAAUCACAUUCCUUAUUCAUAAAUUUCACAAACCAUAACUCCUUUCCCAUUUACAAAUAUCACAAACCAUUGCUAUAUUCUUCAUUUACAAACCGUAAUUCCUUUCCUCAUUCACAUAAUUUCGGUAUCAUGAACUCCAAUUCCCAGUCUCAUUUGUCAAUUGCUUUCUGUCCAUCGUUCCCAAUCGCUAUCAAUCUCUUUCAGUUGCUCACAAAACCAGUGAAAAAGAUUGUUUGAGCGGGAAAAAAACGUGAAGGCAUUGCCAUGGAGAGUAGCAGCGAGCAGAGACUGCAGUCCCUGGAGCGUUGCAUUGAGGAGAAGGAGAAGAAACUCGUCUCCAUCAAACGCCAAUUCGGCCGCGAAAUUGACGCCAAAGAGAGGGAAUACGACGUGGUGACGAGGAAAGUCGAAGAACGGAACAGAGAGUUGGAGUCAGUACAGAGGAGGAUCACCGAUUGUGAGUGGAAACUCGACACCGUGCGCCGCAUGAUCACCGAGAGCGAUGAGGUUUACCAGCAAAAACAGAGGGGCAUUCAGGAUAGUGACCGUGAACUCGCCGAGAAGGAGGCGCACCGCUCUUUGAUCGCGGACAUGAUCAGAGAGCGCGAGCAAGAGUUGAGGGCCAAGGACGCCGAGUUUCAGCAGGUUUUGGACGAAGGCAUGGCUCUCAAAAACAAAGUUGCUCAACUCAACGAUGACCUUAAGACCAAAAAGGAAGAGCUUGACGUCGUGACGCGGAGCUUGAUUAAUGAACAAGCCACUGAAACCACCAUCAAGUCCAUGCGUGCCAGAAUUAAGCAACUACUUCGCCAGCCAUAUGAGUCUGAGUCUAAACAGAAGCAAUUUGAAGGUCAAGCGAAGGAGCUUGAAUCAAAACAGAAGCAUUAUGAACGCCAAGUAAAGGAACUCCAAUCAAAACAGAAGCAAUAUGAAGGAAGAGUGAAAGAGCUUAAGUUAAAUGAGAAGUUGUAUGAAAGAAAAGUCAGGGAGCUUGGUUCUAGAGAGAAACAAUAUGAAACAAGAAUGAAAGAGCUUGAGUCAAAUGAGAAGCAGUGUGAAACAAGAAUGAAAGAGGUUGAGUCAAAUGCGAAGCAAUAUGAAAAAAGAGUAAAAGAACUUGUUUCACAUGAGAGGCAAUAUGUAAAAAGUGUGAUUGAGCUCAAUUCAAAGGAGAAGCAAAUUGAAGGACAAAUGGUGGAUCUUGAGUCCAAAAAGAACCAAUAUGAAGGACUAGUGAAGGAGCUUGAGUCAAAAGAAGCACGGUGUAAAGUGCUACUCAAGGAGCUCGAGUCAAUAGAGAAAAAAAUUCAAGAACAAAUGAAGGAUCUAGAGUUCAAAAAGAAUCAAUGUGAAUCAUCAAGAAAAUCAUUUGAAGAGGAAAAACUGUCGAAACAGAAGUCUAAUGACCAACAACAUUUCACAAAUGCCAACAGUGCAAGUCUCUUUAACCAACAAAAUUUUACAGGUGCAGAUAAUAGCAAGAAUUUACCUUUGUUCAUUAAUCUUCUGGAAAAGUACGAGUUGAUGUGUAGUCAAGUCUCUGAUGCUCUCCAAACAUUUGCUAACCCUACUAAGCUGGUGCUAGAUACAAUAAAAGGUUUUUACACUUCUCAUUCAAGGCAAGGACUUAUUGAAUAUGAUGCAAGUAUCUCAAGGAGAAUAUGUAAUCUUUUAAUGGAUGAAUUGAAGAAAUCUUCGCCGGUAAUUGGGAUUCGUGUUAAACAAGAAGCAAUCAAAUUGGCAACUGACUGGAAGGCAAACUUAGUUGCGGGUGAUAAGGAUUGUUUAGAGGUUCUGGACUUUUUUAAGUUUGUUGCUACUUAUGAGAUUGGUUCAUCUUUCGAUGCAAUUGAGCUUCAGAGGCUUCUAGAUAUAAUUGCCCUACAAUAUCAAACUCUGCAAGCCAUUGGUAAAAUUAAAGAACCUUCAGAUAAUCAAUCGAGUCCCACCAUUGAUGGAAGAAAUUUGCAUUUUCCCAGUAUUAAGCACAUAAAUGAGUCGGUUAAUCUCCAUACAUCAUCAGAUCCAGCAAAACUUGUUUUGGAUAUCAUACUGGUCCCUAUUGCUUCAGAGAAACAGGGAAGUGAAGGUGCUAUUAUCAUUGAUGAGAGCCACAUCUUACUGUUGGAACAAUUGAUGAGAAUCUCACCACGGGUCAAACCCCGUGUAAGAGAGGAGGCGCUGAAGAUAGCAUUUGCUUUGAAAGCGAACAUAAGAGAAAGUGCUGAAAACUCUUUGACAAUUCUGGGCUUUCUAUUGUUACUAUCUGCUUAUGGAUUGGUUUCUUAUUUUAGAAAAGAUGAGCUUUUCAAGCAGUUGGAAUCUGCUGCUCAGCACAAGCAAGCUGUAGAGCUGUUUCGGACUCUUGGUUUUGUGGAUAAAAUCUUUGAUUUUGUUCGGAAUCUUAUUAUGAAGCAGCAACACAUAGAGGCUGUUAGAUUCAUUUGUGCAUAUAAGUUGGCUGACAAGAUCCAACCAGUUGAUCUCUUGCGACAACAUGUGGCGAAAGUAAAGUCAGUCACCAAUAGAUUUGCUUGCAUGAAAGAGUCCGUCGAACAAAAGAUUAAGGUCAGAGACGAAGAAAUUGUUGGCCUGCGAACUGUUCUAGAAUGCAUUUCAGAGAACAACCUAGAAUCUCAUCAGGAUCUAGUUAAAGAGAUUAAUGAUCGCAUUGUUGAUCUAGAGAAGCAGAAGGAAAAUGUUGUUCGUUUAACAUCAGGACCUUCCUCCGAAGUUGAGGAAAAGACGUGUGGUGGAGAAGCAGUGACAGUAACCGUGCACAAACCUGAAGAAAAGAAACGUCAUGUGGGAGUAAGCCUCCCCAUUAAUAAUCAGUGGGGUAACAUCAGCAAACGUCCUCGGACAAGUGUAACUUACCCUCGGUUCGCUCCUCUUCCUCCUCCUCCUCCUCCUCCGCCUCCUCCUCCUCCUCCUCUGCCUCCUCCACCUCCUCCUCCUCCUCCUCUGCCUCCUCCGCCUCCUCCUCGUCCUCCUCAAUACCAGCGUGUAUUUAUGCCUAUGCCCGGCGCCUCGCAGUUUGUUUUCCCGGAAAACUACUUUAGACCUGCUAAUCCUAUGGCUUGGUCUGGAAACAACGGAACAAAUUACUAUGGUAACUCCAGGCCGCCAUAUCCUCCUUUUGGAUGAGACCCCCUUUGAAUAUGUUCGUUACUUUAUGUGAUUUUGGUACUUGUUGUGGUUGCAAAACUGUGCAUUUGGAAUUUAUUUAUCAUAAGCAUCUCCAGCAGUGCUUAACUCUUUUUUUAGACACUACAAUUUGGUUGCAUGGGAUUUAAGAACCUUGACAAGCUUUCUCUCCAAUGGUACAACUUUUUAGAAC